GCAGAGCGAGGACCAGGCUUAAAAGAGAACAGAACAUCAUCAGCAAAGAGUUGUCACCAUGGGGAACUGCGGAGAGAUCAUGAGCGGUUUUUUUCUCCGACAAAAGAACACCAAUGUUCGUAUCAGUCUACCGGCUGUCUGCUUCGUCUGGCAGCUUGCUAUGAUUGUGCUAUUUGGGGUUUUCAUUCGGUAUGAUGAGGAGUCCGACGCACAUUGGGUGGAGUUCAGAAAGAGUCACAACAUCAGCAGUGACAUUGAAAAUGACUUCUACUUCAGAUAUCCCAGCUUCCAGGACGUCCACGUCAUGAUCUUUGUUGGAUUCGGUUUCCUCAUGACCUUUCUGAAGCGCUACAGCUUUGGAGGUGUGGGCUUCAACUUCCUGAUUGCCGCUUUCGGGCUGCAGUGGGCUCUCCUCAUGCAGGGCUGGUUCCACGCCCUCAACCCAGAGACUGGAAAAAUCACCAUUGGAGUAGAAAGUCUGAUCAACGCAGACUUCUGCUGUGCUGGCUCUCUGAUUGCAUAUGGCGCCCUCCUGGGGAAAGUAAGCCCUGUUCAGCUGCUGGUUGUCACCUUAUUUGGCGUCACAUUGUUUGCUGUAGAGGAAUAUAUCAUCCUUGAUCUCCUUCAUUGCAGAGACGCCGGAGGCUCCAUGGUCAUUCACGCCUUUGGCGGGUACUAUGGUUUGGCCAUUUCCUGGGUCCUCUACCGACCAAACUUACACCUAAGCAAACGCCUCAAUGGAUCUGUCUACCACUCUGAUGUGUUUGCCAUGAUUGGUACACUGUUCUUGUGGAUGUUCUGGCCCAGUUUCAACUCGGCCAUCACAGACCACGGUGACGGACAGCACAGAGCAGCCAUCAACACUUACCUGGCCCUGGCCUCCUCUGUCCUCACUGCUGUGGCCAUCUCCAGCAUGUCUCAGAAGAAAGGAAAACUGGACAUGGUGCAUAUCCAGAAUGCAACUCUGGCAGGUGGGGUUGCCAUGGGAACAGCAGCAGAGUUCAUGAUCACUCCCUAUGGCUCACUCAUAGUGGGUUUCUUCUGUGGCAUCAUCUCCACAUGUGGCUACCUGGCUGUCACGCCAUUCUUAGAGAAAUAUUUAAAGCUUCAGGAUACAUGUGGUGUCCACAACCUUCAUGCUGUGCCAGGAAUGCUUGGUGGCUUUAUAGGCGCCAUUGUUGCUGCAGCUGCCACUGAAGAUGUCUACGGUAGAGAGGGGUUGAUAAACGUCUUUGACUUUGAAGGCGAAUUUAGUACCAGGUCAGUAGGAACUCAAGGAGGCUUCCAGGCUGCUGGCACAUGUGUGGCCAUUGUAUUUGGACUUGUUGGAGGAGCAAUUGUUGGUUGUAUCUUGAGGUUCCCAAUCUGGGGCGACCCUGCUGAUGACAACUGCUAUGAUGAUGAAGUUUACUGGGAGCUUCCUGAGGAUGAGGAGACCAUCCCUCCUGUCCUGGAGUACAACAACCACAUGAUUCACAAGCACCAAGACAUAUCUGAAUCAAACUUCUCUGUGGACCAGAGUUAAUGCUGCAUUUUCCCUGAUCCACCCCUAACAUCUCUUUGAACUUGAUGUAGCAGUGAUCUACAGUAAAACUUCACUAGUUUAUGAAGAGGCCACUCUCUCCAUAAUGGGCAAUUUGACUCGUAAAGAAGAAGAAUUUUUGACACAUGGGUUGUCUGCUGCUCUUGUCUUGCACCAUUAACACCUGAUUGAGUUGUGUAGCACCUAAGUUAAUGAUUGAAGUGUUGCUGCACAAAAAUGUGCAUAAUUAUUUUCAUUAUAAGAAAAUAAUUGUGAAUCAAACCUCAUUUGUAGGUGUUUAAUGACCUGAAAAUAUUUGAAGUCCGGCAUGAGAAAUCAGAGACACUCUGUCAAUGUUGAUAUGAAGUUCAUUCAUAACUGUAAAUCAGGGCAUGCACAUCUUCAUCUUUAAUGACUAUAAAAAAUCUAGGCCUCUGAAUUGUUGCAUAUUGUCAUUGAUGAUUUAGGUAACAUCAUACUUAUAAAUAGAGAGUUUAUUUACUGUGUUUGUUCAACUGAAGGCAUCAAGUGAUUAAUUGAAGGACUCUAUUAUUGAAUAAUUAAGCUUAUUUAAUCAUUUAUUUUAAUGAUGUAUAGUUCUUUAUAAGCUGAAUGUACAUAUUGUUAUUUUGAAGCAAAACUUGUUCUUAAAGGGGAGGUUUUGAGCAGAUUCAGAAGCUAUGAUAUAAUUUCCAGUGAUUUGUUCUAUUGUUGAAUGUGACCGAAAUAUACCAUUUAUGAUUGCAUGUGACAGUUUAUUAUGUGUUUUAGUUGAAAAUGUUCACAAAUCACCUGUACAUGCAAAUAAAUCCUAAAGUUAUUGUGUUGUCUUUACAUCUGCUAACAUUGUUCUUUUUCAUCAUGUACUGUAAAUAUGAAUAUAAUUA